AUGAAGGGGAAAAAACCAGACAGCAAGAUCAAUGGUCGCGGCAUCCGUCGCGGCUGCGAGGCCGCGAUGGUCAAGCUGGAGAAUUUGUACUUCCACGAGUUUGAUAAUGAAGCAGCAAAUCUGGGAGUGCGUCGUAUACAGCGUGUUGCAGAUUCCAGACCUUCCAUGCGGUCGAACAUUUUCAUCCAGCCUGAACUGAUCAGCCGUUUGGACCCGUUUCGCAGGGUGUACAAUGAGGUGUGCCGCCCGCUUCUGCCGUGCCCGUCAGAGUCGCCUGGCGCAUUUUUGUCGGAGGAGACGCUGAGCUGCCAAGCUGAAGCAGCUGCCUCCAUAUGGAAGAUGGAGCCACGUUCCCCUUCUGCCACCGAACGGGCAAAGUCAUUAAACAACUGCGGCUACUUGAGUUAUAAGGGUGCGAUUCAGCAUUCGUCCCUCGUCGGGGCGGCCCAGCGGACACCGGUGCGCACGAGUUCGGAGCAAUCCGGUGGUACCAACUCAACGCCCUCCGGCAAGAAGGGCAGCCCUUCAAGCUCGCUGAAGGCGCUGUCGCACCGUCUGAAGGACAUUCUGAAGAGCGCUAUGACGGAUUCCGACUUGCGGUAUAUUAAGGGCGACGAGCUGAUGCUCGGAGGCGGCGCCCUGGAUGAGGUGGAGGUUUGCACGCCCAAACACCAAGACUCUAAGAACCAGCACACCGUCACCAAGGAUAGUGUGGAAAGCCCUCCUGAUCCCGUGACGCAUGGCAUGGGUUUCAAGGAACAACCGCAGACAACAUCUGGUACCGACGCUAGCGGUGAGGAUGGCUUCAUCGACGCUGUUUCCCUGAGCGCCUCGUCGGAGGAUGGUAUCGAUGGGGACCACACAACGAAGAACAAUGGGUCGGGUAUUGCAGAAUCGGGUAAUAUUGGCGGUAUUGCCAGCCCUGAUCGUCAGCGUGCCGCAAGUUCGGUAGCUGCUCCCGCUCAAAUCGCUUCCCUUGCUCAGAUUGAUGGCGCUGGCACCAGCCAGCGCUUGGCUGGAGAUGCACGUUCGCCGACAGCGAGUCCGUCUAUGGCACUCUACGGCCGCACGCCCAACUCUUUUAUGCGCUUCCAACUUUUACGGGACACUAUGAGGCGUCCCAGCGACGAUACGCCCGAGGGAAGCGACAUGUCCCUGGCUUCACCCGAGGCCCAGACCUGGGUUCCCAAAGUACCCAAUGAUAGGCGCCUGGACACACAACCGCCCGCCAAAUCGGCGUCGCAGAUGGAGGUGACGAAACGCCCCAGGGUACCCGUGCCUAGCCGGGAUGCCGUAUCGGACCCAAGCGAGUCCCGAAGGACUGACGUGCUGGCCCAUAGGCCCAACGACAACCGCGGAUCUGCCAUCAUAAACACGGGCUCCGACGUGCUCGAAAUGAGAUCCGCUCAUUUGAUCAACAAUGUAGUUGAGGUGAGGCCGUCUGGCCAAGGAGGGAUCCUUCAACAUCUACGGAAAUUAUCGCAUUCGCGCGAUAGCACCACUGGCGCUGCGUUGGAAAAUGCAGUCCCGACUGAGGAGGAACCUAGGAUAACGGGAAAACUGGUCGACAAGAAGCACUCGAUCGAGCUGCGUCGCAACGGCCUCUACCGCGAGUUCAUCGACAGCUACAACGAGAAGCGCAAAACCAAGUUCCUGAAGGGCAUCCGGAUCCCUUUGAAGAAAAAUGACACGCAGACGACGCUUCUCUUCGCCGACCUGCCGAAUACUGGUGGUCGCAAUCCGGGUUGCGGCAACACGCCUCCGCAUUCUGCCCCCUCGGACAGGCUCCCCGCACUAUCCACCGACGAUGAGUCCCCGCCCCUUCAUAGAAGCUACUACGCUCACCAGGGCUCUAGUAGCAGCGCGUAUGAACGUGACCACGGUGUGCGUGAGUACCACGACGUCUACCCGCCGGAUGAUGGUUACAGGCACGGGCCGUCGCUUGAACGGUACGAGGAUCCACGCGAUUACGGCCUGCCGAGGCCGAACCGCUGGUCGAGCGAAACUAUGUACGAGACGCAUAUGCAUCACAAUGAGGUAGAUUGGUACCACCAUCGUCCAGUCUCUCGGCAAGGCAGCGUCUCCUCCAUCACCGCGAGCGACGGUAACACGGUAGACCCGAUGUAUUCGAGCCACACGUAUCGCGACCGGUCAUUCGAGCGGAUUGAUGACUACGAGAGUCGUUCGGGCUGCACUAGGCGUUCGUAUCGGCCGAGCGAAUACAUGCGCGACGAUGGCCGUUACCACCACCGCAGCGCCGAGAUGAUCAUGAGCGCGCCUCAUCCGAGCUACCCCUCAGAGUACCGCGAGAGCUACGUUGGCUACCGUGAAAGCGACCGGUAUGCGCUAGAACACGACCGGCGUGACUACUACCAGACGGACUACCGGCAGAGGGAACGAGAGUACGACUACGCGUAUCGCCCUCGGCAUCGUGCGUACGAGACCGACGCCCCGCGUCACUACGGCCGCCGUUGA